CCCCUCCUCCACCUCCUCCACUCUCUCGAGCAUUCCCCAACCGCCCAGCCGCCCAGCCGCCAGCGGCAAAGGCAGCACGAGUGUACCAGGCGACAUCCCAGUGUUGAGCCGGUGGAGGCAGCAGGUGGCGCCCCCCGGGGGAGACUCGGCAGCCGCCCUGAUCAUUUGGGAUACGACGACGAGACCUGAAAGAGGUUCGAGUUGACGGUGCGCUUGAGAGAGAGAUGUGAUAAGCCAGGCCAGCUUCGUCUACCGCCUCUUCUACCUCUUCCCAUUCCUCACCUCCUCCUUCUUCUCAUCUCUUCUUCUUCAUUCUUCUGUUACCUGUCACUGCCUCCUAACUCCCUCGUCGACACCUAGACCGCCGUCCACAUCCAAAACCCCUUUCGCCUCUACCUCCCUAGCGACUCCCCCACACAACCGAAGUAACCGCGACAACCCGCAUCCGUCACCGCCACAUAAAAUGGCGCACCCAGCAUCUCCUACCAGCGACACCGACCGCAUCUAUGCCUGCCAGCACUGCCCCAAACGCUAUGCUCGCAAGGAUUAUUUGGAGCGUCACGAACUGAACCGUGAGUACUCACCAGAAGAGAGUGUGUCGGUUACGACCGAGGGGGUCCAGCGGCAGGCUGGCAAGUGGCGUGGGGGUGAGGCAUGUGGGAGACUGGGGUGAGGCGGAAAUCCGCGGAAAGUCCAUUUCCACCCCGGACGUACAGUAUAGGCGAGAUAAGCGAGAUGUCACUCGAGAUCUCUGUGUCACUCUCUCUCUCUCCCACUCUCUCAUCAUCACCAUCAUUCUCCCCCACCCCCCUCUUUUCACAGCCUCGGCUGGAGAAUUGACUCGACUACAUGCACAUGCACCAGAGUACCUAUUGG